AUGGAUCGACUGGCCAUUCAAUCCUCUCUUGGGAAGGCACUUGAAUUAGAGACACACACCCCAGAAUCUGGAACAAAACUUACCCGGUCUGGGAGUACUUCUUCAUAUACUCCUAAACUGGUUAAGCUAGACUUCCCACACUUUGAUGAGAAGGAAGACCCCACAAGCUGGAUUUGCAGGGCAGAGCAAUUUUUCCAGUUCCACCAAACACCGGAUGAAGACCAAGUUGAGAUUGCCUCAUUCCAUAUGGUGGGAGAUGCACAAUUAUGGUACCAGUUACUAAAACAAGAGAAUCUAGUGAUCACAUGGGCUGAUUUUAAAGAAGGAUUUUUUUCGCGGUACGGUCCUAAUCAACUCAUAGAUUAUUUUGGGGAAUUUUUGAAGCUUCAACAACAUGGUACUGUUCAAACAUACCAAUCUCAGUUUGAGAAAUUAUUGGCUAAAGUCGAACACUUAUCACAAGCACGGCAAGUUGGCUGUUUUGUCAGCGGAUUAAUCCCAUCCAUACGAAUAGAUGUGCAGGCCAAUCGGCCGAAAACCUUAUCAGAGGCCAUAGCGCUGGCACGACUGUGCAAAAAAUUGUUCUCCAUACAGGCAGUCUUAGCAGAUAGUGAUGAAGAUACCAACAUGGAGAUUGAGGAGCAGAUUCCUACAUCGGAAAUUCCGGCAAUAUCAUUACAUGCUAUUGCGGGGUUCGAAGGACCAGAAACCAUGCGACUUAUUAGGAAGGUGCUUGGCUUGGAUGGAGUAAUUUUGGUAGAUUCAGGCAACACCCAUAAUUUUGUCAGUGAACAGUAUGCAAGGAAGGCGGGGCUUGAGCCAUCGAUGAGAUAA